UUUAUAGAACGACAACCAUGUGACCAAACAGUUCAUUUUCAAGAUGGCGGUGUUCCUAGCUGUCCCGCUGAAGCAGACUCAGGAAGUGGAACUUAUAAAACCAUUGAGAACAUUUAUUCAGAAUACUUUCACUCAAGCAGAUCCAGAUGAUUACAAUCAGGCGCUAAAUGAAUUUAGUAAAUUAAGAAAUUUAAUGAUAUCUAAAUCAGUGGACAAACAUGAAUCAGCUCUGGAAAUCCUCUACCGGUAUUAUGACCAGCUGGUGGCCAUUGAAGACAAACUACCCAUUGCAGAAAAUCAGAUCAGAGUACAGUUCAAGUGGAGAGAUGCGUUUGACAAAGAGUCCUUGUUUUCGGGGAAGAGAACUUUGGCGAUAGCAUCAGGCAACUACGAGAAGGUGUGUAUGCUGUUUAACAUUGCCGCAUUACAGACUCAGAUCGCGGAAGUACAGAACCACGAUAGUGACGAGGGGCUCAAAACAUCCGCCAAAUAUUUCCAGCAAGCGGCUGGUAUCUAUGGUCACAUGAAGGAUGUGGUGUUGUCCCAUGUACAGCAGGAUCCGACCCCUGACCUCAACCCAGACGCGCUCAAUGCCCUGGUUGCCCUCAUGUUGGCGCAGGCACAGGAGGCGAUCUACAGGAAAGCUGCAUCAGACAAGAUGAAGGAGUCUAUGGUGGCUAAGAUUGCGUUCCAGCUGUCGGACCUGUAUGCUGAUGCUAUGAAGCUCAUGCAGUUACAAUCUCUACGAGAGCUCUGGCCCAAGGAAUGGGUAGCGACAGCUGUGAUGAAGCAGGCAGCUUUCCACGGGAUGGCUGAGUAUUUCCAGAGCUGUGUGUCUGCCGAGAAGAAGUGUUACGGUGAACAGAUCAGCAGGUUACAGCAUGCUAAUGAAUUGUUGUGUGCGUCCCAGACAAGAGGUGGGAGUGCAUUCUGUUUUAAGAAUGAGCUGGCGCGAGUCAACCGUGACCUGCAGGCAGCAAAGAAAGACAAUGACUUUAUUUAUCACGACAAGGUCCCGGACGCGAAAUCUCUGCCGAGCUGCGGCAAGGCAGUUAUUGCAAAGUCGAUCCCAUUCUCAAACAAACCAAUGAGUGAACGAUUUACUGAUCUGUUCAGUAAACUGGUACCUAUACCUGUUUUCGAAGCCAUGACAGCGUUUGAUAACAGGAAGGGACAGAUAGUCAAUACCGAGAUUGGCAGGUUACGGGAAAGCACACAGCUCAUGAACAGUAUCCUGGCCUCCUUAAACCUGCCCGCUGCCAUUGAGGACCUGUCUGGAAACAAAGUGCCGCAGUCUGUCCUAGAAAAGGCGGCCAAGAUAAAGCAGGAGGGAGGCAUGCAGUAUAUCGACAAACUGAUGAGGGACCUCCCCGAACUCUUACAGCGUAACCGGGAAAUCUUGGAUGAGGCCACACGAGAGUUGGAUGAGGAAGAAACAUCAGACAACAAGUUGCGUGAACAAUUCAAGGAGCGUUGGUCUCGGACGCCGUCAGACAAGCUGACCAAGACGCUCAAGGAGGAGUGCACAAAAUACAAGAGUAUCCUGGACGCGGCCAUCGGGGCUGACCGAGUAGUGCAGGAGAAAUAUGCCAAGCACAAAGAGGCCAUAGCUAUACUCUCCAAACCACAGGCUGAACUGGAACAGUCCAUUCCAUCCUCUGGCGGGGGCAGUGGUCAGCAGAGCAGCCCAGCAGUCAGCAGUCUGCGACAAAUGAUGGAGGAAGUGGCCACCAUUAAGGCUGAGCGCGAUGUCAUAGAGUCUGAAAUUAAGGACUCUACAUUUGACAUGACGAGUAAGUUCAUGGCGGCCAUGGCGUCUGAUGGUUUGGUUAACGAGGAAACACUAUCUAUGUCUGAGCUGGACCGAACGUACGGCCCACUUCGUGAACAGGUCAACAACAGCGUCCAAAGUCAAGAAUUUCUCAUGGGCAAAAUUCAGAAUGCCAACACCCAGUUUUGUCAUGAGAAGGCGUCUAGUCAGGGAGGGGCCCAGCGUGAGACUCUCCUCAAGGAUCUUGCCUCUGGCUUCGACAUGUACAUGCAGCUCAAAGGCAACUUGGAGGAAGGCACAAAGUUUUACAAUGAUCUAACUCCACUUCUGGUGAAACUCCAAAGUAAGAUUCACGACUUCUGUUUCGCGCGAAAGACAGAGAAGGAGGAAUUAAUGGCAGACUUACAGAGGUCCAUCGUCAAACAGCCUACUGCUGCUGCCCCCGCCGCUCCAAGCUACCAACAGCCAACCAGUACAGGUACGACUUCACACCCAUUUACCAGUACAGGGCCCAACGGAGAAACGUCCACGAGUCGAGUUCCGCCCCCACGCCCUCCCCCUCCCUCGUUUUCAUCGGCCCCGACACAGCCACCAGCCACAGCACCUAUGGGUACACAGCCAAGUGCUCCGUCAGCUCCGCCUGGCCAGCCUCCGUCACAAAACUACAAUCAGCCUGGUGGUUGGGGUGCACCACUUUAUGGUGGCGGCCAGCAGCAAGACUUAAGCAGAUCUAUGCCUGCUAUGCCCUCUGGUUUCAACCCCUACAACCCUUAUAUGGGGCAGCAGUAUCAACCGCCUCCAUAUUCUGGGCAACAACCACCACAAUACCCUGGACAACAACAACAGUAUCCAGGGCAACAACCACAACAAUACCCUGGACAACAACAACAGUAUCCAGGGCAACAGCCACAACAAUACCCUGGACAACAACAACAGUAUCCGGGGCAACAACAAUACCCAGGACAACAACAAUACCCUGGAUACCCCAACCAACCGUCUGGUCAGCCGCCCUACCCACAGAACACCCAGUGGAGAUAGGGACAGUGAUGUGUGGACAGUAUCUUAGCAGAACUGCUUAUGUGAUAGGUUGACUUUAAAAAUAGAAACUUUUGCCUGAUUUUUCACUUUAUAGACUCUUUGACCAUAAAGUUUAAUUUAAUGGACACAUCACAGGAAAAAAGACUAGUGCUUUCUUGUGAUAGAUUGACUUGUGAAAAAGAAACUCUCAGCUGAUUUUCUUCUGUUAUAGUCCUUUGACAUGGUAUUUUUAUUUAAUGAUUAGGUGAUGAAGAUCAGUGCGUUCAUGUGAAAAGUUGACUAAACUCUCUACUGAUUUAUCUCCCUUCACAUUUUUUUUUGUGAAGUUAUCUCCCCUGCACAGAGUUAUCUUGCAUUGAAUUCAGAAUUUCUACAAAGAGCUUGUUAUUUUUACAGUCGUAACUCAUCACACCUUUACUGACUUUCACUAACAAUACAGUGAUUAUCUUGUGAUAAACUUGCAGGGUAAAAUGAUUAGUGAACUUAUUCCUCAAUGAGGAACUAGAUAAAUCUUGAUACUGAACAUGGGAUCAUGACCGGUGAAAUAUGGCAUUUCACUAUUUUGUUUUGACGUUACAGUAAUACAUCCCCCGAGUAAGCAACUUGUUUAUGAGGUAAAAACCUCACAUUGAGACAUUUUUCUGUAGGAACAUCCAAUGACAAUUUGAAAUAAAAUAAAAGGCUGUUUUUUUGUCAGAAAAAAAAAUCAUUUUUUCAGAUGUUUUAUGUUCCAGUGAUUUAGAUAUUUACCGUGUCACAUACCAGUCAUUACAGUGACACUCUGUGCCAUGUUAAUGACAGUCAGACAUUGAUUUUAACAAACGCUGAAGGAAGUCAUGCAGUUUUUUCCCCCUGAAUAGUGUUUAAAAUGUGAUCAACAAACCAUGCUUACCUUUACCAAUUCUGAUAUAAUAAACAGAGAUAAAAAAAAAUCAGUCUUUUACUGAUUUCAUCCUUUUCCAGAAUUAGUAAUCUGUAUAGUCUGUUUUAAUGUUUCCCAUUGGAGGGAUUCCAGGAGUCCAUUUUCAUCUUUGAAUGAAGUUAAACUGAUCAACAAUUCCUAAUUGAAGUAACACAGGAUACACGUACGGUAGAAUUUUGUUGACCUGUGCUCGCACAUAUGUUUUCCAGGAACAGUAACAAUGUUUCCCCCUAGGGUGAUUUUUUUUCGAUAUUGAGAAGUGAUCAGAAAGUGCUAUAGAUUGUGUACUGGAAUGAAUACAUACCGUACCUGUUUUAUGUCUUGUGUUGUAGUAAAAGUUUACGUCUUUAUGUGUGUCCACAUCAAUGAUUUAUUUCUCAUUAAUCAAGAUUAAAGGGAUAUCAAUUAAAGAGAAUCAUUCUCCAAUUCUUUUAUUUCAUAUAUGACUCUCGAUGUAAUAGAAUAAUAUGGAAAUGGACAUGCUUUACAUUUUCAAAUACAUAUUUCAGAAAUGAAGAUAUGAAAGGGACAGAAAGGCACUACUGUUUAAGGGGAAAUUUUCGACUUUUUCGCCCUCCCUAACGAGGGUAAUUUAUCAUUACAGCGAACAUUAGUAUACAAUAUUAUCAAUGUAAACACGAUAAAAUGUGAAGGGCGAAAUUAAAACUUGGCCAAUAUGGAUUUCACCAGCGAAGGCCGAAAGUUUGACUAGGCGAAAAUGUCCAAAAUAUACAGUAUAUAGACGAUGAGGUCUAAAAUAAAUGUUUACAUUUGUAAAGUUGGCCCCAGGAAAAGAACACUUAUGGACGGUGAGGCCGUAAAAAGUGACUCCCUGUAGUCCUUCCCCUACAUAUAUGUAUUUCUGAAAUAGUCCUUAUAUUUAAUAACUUUUAGAAUAGAAGUACUAUGUAUUCUGGCUGCAAUGUAUACAAAUAAACAAUGAAUAUGGAAAUAUAGUGUUGUGUUUCACACCAAGAUUUUACGACCUAGAAUUCCUAGGUACAGUGCUCCAUUCAAAGUUGUACGUUCUUCAUAUAUACAUAUCACUUUAAUUAUUUCAUGUUGUGUUUGAAUUGUAGUAAAUCUGUCUUGCAAACAGAUAUAUAUCCUACUUUUUCGUCGAUUUCGGUGGGCGAGACCCUACUUACUGUCACUUGUCUCAUGGAAAAAAUGUUUGGUGAUUGCCCUGAUCAUUCAACAGAAUCCAUACAGUUGUUCCAUAAAAUUAAUGAGUAAAAAAACAGAAAAGGAGAAGAUAAAUUUGAAAAACAAUCUCCUUUUAAUGUGUACACAAUGCUUGCAAACAUAAUGACAAGGAAAUUGAUUUCUUGGUACAGAACUUAGAAAUUUAUAGAGGAAAGAAUCAAACUUAAAUGUCCAAGAAUAGUUUAAAUAGAAAUAAAUACAUGUAUACACUUUAUUAUUUUUCAAAAAAUUAUGAAGCAAGUUUUAAUAACUUAUGUUAACAUCUAGGGAGUCUGGGUGUGAGAGAAACCAGAGUUCCCAGAGCAAACCGUAGUGGUCAGGCAGGUGACACAAUACCUUUCCAUGUGUAAUCAGGGAGUCCAACCCUGUCCACUGUGCCCCUGACCACCCAAGUUAAAUAAAAACUUUUGAGUGGUUUUACCGUGUUGUCACUAAUCCUUGUACCAUUGCUUAAUAGUGUCUUAGUUAUUCACAUGACUAUUGAAUUCAUGAUCAGCUCUCCGGAAGUUAGCUCAUUCACCCCUGAAAACACAUUUGAACUCUUCCAAUUUAAAGAUUGGAAUAGUAAAUUAUGAAAUUGCAGGGGUGAGUAAGUUAAAAGUAUAUUUUUACAGAAAAAAAAUCAAGACUUACACUACACGCAUUACCCACAAAUUUAACAUUAACUCAUUCACACCUGAAAUUUCUUAAUAAACUAUACCAACCUUUGAAUUGGAAGAGUUCAAAUGUGUGUUCAGGGGUGAAUGAGUCGAGCGUAAUUUUGAUAAAGCCUGAUUGAUUAGUAAUUAAGUGUAAUCAAUUUGUAGUGUUUCUAGUUCGUGGUGGUUUCCUUUAUCAUAGAUUGUUUAUAGAAUCAAUAUCAUCUACAUAUCACACAACGCUGUAAUGCAUUGUGGUUUUUUUUCCAUAACUAAUAAACAUCCGUUAAAAAUGGUUGUUUACAAGGGAAGUAUUAAUCUUAUUGUUUGAACCUCUAGUAGUAUAGCACUAAAUAACUUAUAAGUAACUAUCUAUAAUGUGACAUAUACAAUACAUUUACUUCAGCAUUAAAUCUCUUUUAUCUGAA